AGAGGUGAAGGAAACAGGCUUUUCUUUUGUAUUCUCAGCUUUGUCGAGAUCGAUGACGUUUCUUGACGCGCCGCCUCUAUUUCUUUCCACCUCUUAUUUUCGCGCGAGAUAACGCGAUGUUGGCAGCUCUGUCUAUCCUAUCUGUUAUCAGUCAUCACUGUCAUAAUACAAACAUGGCGACAAUGAUGCCCGUUUAAAGAGCAGCGACGUUUUUACUCCCCUUUUGCUACGACGAAAUUGCAUUAUUAUCAGUGAUAACGGAGGUGCAUCAUGGGCAAUGCCGACACCAAGUUGAAUUUCCGGAAGGCCGUGGUGCAAUUGACGUCAAAGACUCAGGUGAUUGAUGCAUCAGACGAUUCUUUCUGGGAUCAGUUUUGGUCUGAGAAUGUGACCAAUGUUCAAGAUAUCUUCACUCUGAUCCCAGCUCCAGAGAUUCGUAUAUUAAGAGAAGAGGCGCCUUCUAAUUUGGCCACAUUAUGUUACAAAGCGGUUGAGAAAUUAGUUAAGGCAGUGGACAGUAGCUGUAGAACUCAACGGGAGCAUCAAACUGUCUUGAAUUGUUGCCGCUUGUUAACACGUCUAUUACCUUACAUAUUUGAGGAUCCUGAUUGGAAAGGUUUCUUCUGGUCCAGUUUACCUGGCAAAGAUGACGAGGAGAGCUUGCCACUGGCGCAUUCUCUGUUGAAUGCAAUUUCUGAUUUAUUGUUCUGUCCUGAUUUUACAGUAGCAGCAAAUAGGAAAUCAGGCCCUGACAAAGUCGAUGAAUUGCAAUCGAUAGAUAGUUGCGAAUAUAUCUGGGAAGCAGGAGUAGGUUUCGCAUACUCGCCACCGAGGUAUCCUAUUCUGGAUUCGAAUCGCACGGAAUUGUUGAAACUCUUGUUAACAUGCUUCAGCGAAACCAUGUACAAUCCGCCAAUGGACCCGUCAAUUACGCCGAAUAAAUGGAUUCAACAUUUAACUAGCAGCGAAAAUAGACAUGCAUUGCCAAUGUUUACCUCGCUAUUAAAUACAGUAUGUGCGUAUGAUCCCGUUGGUUAUGGAGUACCGUAUAAUCAUUUAUUGUUCACCGAUUCUUUGGAACCGCUAGUCGAUGUCGCCUUGCAAAUCCUGAUUGUAACAUUAGACCAUGAUACUACUGGUGGGGCGCCAUUGGAAGAAGGGGCAGUCGGAGACAAUUUGUUCAUCAAUUAUCUCAGUCGAAUUCAUCGUGAUGAAGAUUUCCAAUUUGUCCUAAAGGGUAUCACCAGAUUGUUGAAUAAUCCAUUGAUGCAAACGUAUCUGCCAAACUCGACCAAGAAAGUGCAUUUUCACCAGGAAUUACUGGUUUUCUUUUGGAAGAUGUGUGAUUACAACAAGAAGUUCUUAUAUUAUGUAUUAAAGAGUUCAGAUGUCCUUGAGGUCCUCGUGCCGAUUCUUUAUCAUUUAAACGAUUCUCGUGCCGAUCAAUCACGAGUUGGUUUGAUGCACAUCGGUGUAUUUAUCUUACUUCUUUUGAGCGGAGAACGCAAUUUUGGAGUAAGGUUGAAUAAACCAUACACAGCUACAGUGCCUAUGGACAUUCCGGUUUUCACAGGAACGCACGCCGACCUCUUAGUUACUGUAUUCCAUAAAAUUAUUACGACUGGUCAUCAGAGACUGCAACCGUUAUUUGACUGUCUACUGACAAUUCUAGUCAAUGUCUCGCCGUAUCUUAAAACCUUAUCCAUGGUGGCCAGUACGAAACUGUUGCAUCUCUUGGAGGCAUUUAGUACGCCGUGGUUCCUUUUCUCAGCAGUUACCAAUCACCACUUGGUGUUCUUCCUGCUUGAGAUCUUUAAUAAUAUUAUUCAGUAUCAAUUCGAUGGGAACAGUAAUUUAGUCUACACUAUAAUACGCAAGCGGCAAGUGUUUCACGCGCUUGCAAAUCUACCCAGUGAUUGCAACACGAUCGCAAAAUCUCUCAGUAAAAGACAGCGUCGUCAUAUGCCUGCAAGCACGUCUAACGAGAACGUCAGCGAAACCGCGAUGGAAGGAUCGCAUCCUGCGCAACCCGCCGAGCCCGGAACUUUGAAAGCGUCUUUAUUGGAAACUCCUGGUAUUGAGAACAUGACAGAGAAAGAAUCGGCGCAUCCCUUGAGCCCGUCAGCCAGCAUCGAUAUUGGUAAAUCUAUCGGUAAUCGCUCAGAGAGCAAGACGGACAUUGCGGAGGAAUCUAUGAAUGCGACCAAAAAUUCUGUAGUCCCGAAGGGUGGUAUUCGCGUGGCAGAACAAGCGAAUGCCAAUGUGGAGAACACGAAUCAAUGGGUGCCAUCCAGUGAAUGGGUCUGGCAAUGGAAGAGCAAGCUUCCGCUGCAGACUAUCAUGCGAUUGCUCCAAGUCCUUGUGCCGCAAGUUGAGAAGAUCUGCAUCGAUAAGGGAUUGACAGACGAAAGUGAGAUCUUGAAGUUUCUGCAGCACGGCACCUUAGUCGGCCUAUUACCGGUGCCGCAUCCUAUACUCAUCAGGCGGUAUCAAGCUAAUGCUGGUACAACCGCAUGGUUUCGCACGUACAUGUGGGGUGUUAUAUAUUUAAGAAAUGUCGAACCUCCCAUAUGGUACGACACGGAUGUCAAGCUGUUCGAGAUCCAGAGGGUUUAGAUAGCGAGAGACGCGUUAUUAUUCGCGCUCGUAAUACUAUUUUAUUGGCAGUGCGCAGAAAGGUGAGUUUCGUCGAACUCAUUAUUGUGUACGAUACAGAGCCGUUCCUAUAAACAUUAAUUAAAUUUUCAAGAAUAAAAUGUGACUCGCUUUUUUUGUAUAAGAACUCGAAGAGAUAUGAACUUAAUUUUCUUAUUGCUUUAAAAUAAAUAAGUUAAAAUAAAGAAAUGAUUAGAAAUCUGAAAUAAAUUCCUUCGAGGUCUUAAUUAAAGUAUUACAUCAUUAGAAUUCUGAAAUUUCAAUUAAUUGAAAUUCAAUUCGUUUCUUUUGAGAUUAUUUAAAUAAUUUCAUUUAAAUAAUCCCUAAAAAAUUAUAACAAUUAUCUCAAAUACAUUUUUAAUAAGCAAAAAACAGAAAGAAUCGAAUGUCGUCUUUGAUCGAUAUUUAUCCAAAGAGAUAAAGAGCGGCGAAUAUGCACGCUUCAUCUCGUUUCUAAUUAUUUUUUACACGGCGAAAGCGUCCAAAGUACUUUCAUGAUGUAACAUAUAUGAACCGCGUACAAGAUUGUAAGCGUGGUUUACAGUUGACAUCGUAUGAUUUAUUAUUAUUAUAUCCCGAAGACUGUAAUCUCUCAUUUGUAUCAUAGUAAUAUAUAUGUAUCGUUAGUUAUAGUGUGAAAAAACGUAUAUCGUCGGUCUUAAGGAAAAAUGCACUAAUUAAAUUAAAUUAGCAGAAAUAAUGAAAAGAGCGGAUGCGCUGACUAUAAAAUUUGAUUAAACUUAAAUAAUUUUAAGUUUGGCUCUUACAUUUGGCAUUUUUUAUAUAUAUUUACAUAUACAUUUCAUUUAUUAUAAUUUAUUUAUAUUUUACAUUUCUGCAUGCUUUAUAUCAUUAAUAUUUUAAAUGUGUGAUGAGAAAUAUUAAAGAAUAUUUUAUAUAAUUUUUUUCAAGAAAAGGAUCUUCGAAGUACGAUUGUUUCGUUAAGACCAGUGAUAUCGUAGAUUAUCAUUGUCGGAUCUAUUUAAUCCAUCUUUCGCCACAUGUAUAUGAAGCUGCGUUUUACGAAGGAAAAUUUUUAUUCGCGUUUUUGCACCAUAUCAUGGUAUGUUCUGCUAUAUACAAUUGUAAAGAUAAACUGAUAAGAUAAAUGCAAAGAUAACACGCUUAUUUAUAAUCGAAUGAGUCCUUGAUCUUCACGUUUUCGCGAAAAAUAUACUGUAUCUGUAACCACAUAAGUUGAGAGAACACUUCCGGGUCUGCUCUUAUUAUGCUCACUGCAACACCACGUGGCCUUUCUUCUUUCUGUCUCGCGAGCGCGAGUUCAUUUUUAGAAGAGUGUAAGUAAUAAGAGAAGGCCCGAUGGAAGGAAAAAGAACCGGUUUUUUCGAACUUUUUUGAAAACUUUGUGCGCGGCAAGUCGACUGCAAUUUUCUUAAACUGUAACGCAAAGAACUGAUCUUAGAUCUACCUGCUCUUCCUAGCUGCACUCUCUUAGACUUUUUGCAAUUCGAGAUAAAACGAAUGUCUAUUCAAAAUAAUAAAUCUUCCAAGAAAAAACUAUGAAUAAUCGUCUAAUCGUCUAAUAAGAAAAAAAAAGGAAAAUAACGAGAAGUAAAAUUUAUAUAUCAUUUUGAUUCUUUCUUUCAUUUUUCUUGCAAAAUGCGAGAUAAUCAUUUCUCGUCAGAAAUAAAAAAAUCCAAAUAAAAAAAUAAAUAGUGACAGAUUCGAAUUUAUUUUAAAUGUUUAAGAUUUUUAGAAUUUGCUUUGUUAUUUUUAGAUGAAAAGAUGUUUGUUCUCAAGUGCAGUUAGAAAGGACUAUGACUUUUGUAAUACAAUUAUGACUUGUAGUAACAAAAAACAUUCACAAACACGAGAUCUCACAUCAGUAUGUAUUAUAUGUACUUGCCGUUAAAUAUAUACAGAGUUAUGACAUAAAGAAUCAUUUACAUGCGUGCAUACACACUUUCUCUCUCUCCCUCUCUCCCGCAUUCAUGGAAAAAGAAAUAUAUAAAAUCGUAUUUGUUUCACGCUCACAAGAUUUCUAACAUCUCCGUCGUAAAUUAUCGCGAGACACCGCAUGCGUGUUUACGUAUGUCGCGUGAAGCCACGCGAUUUAAAUCGUACGUAUAUAUUCGGUAACGUUUGUGCACGUUUGAUGAACCUAGUAGUAAUGCACCUGUUUGAAAACUGAAACUGUGUACAUCAAACGUGUCUAUUAUUAGCUGCUUAUCAUAAUAGUGAUCGAGUUAUGUGUUUUGCAAACUCGACACCUCUACUCGAAUCGCAUGUUUUAAAUUUGUGCGCUUCUUUUCUUUCAUAUCGUGAGUAUCCGUGUGUGUGUGUGUGUAUGUCUGUAUGUGAGUAACAAGAAUAACUCGCUCCACACGCAUCUUGUAUCGAUAAGCUUAUGAAAGUAAGAGAUAAUCGAACGUAACGAUUCAGCGAAAAUUCUCGGAAUAAUUAUACGUAUUUAAGGAAGUCCUAAGACCGGAAGAACAACGGAUAAAAUCGAAUGACUCGACCAAGUUUACGACCUGUGUCGCG